GGAGCUAUUGCUGAGACUUACGUAGCACAUCUGGGCAGCUAUGUCUGGUCGCGGCAAAGGCGGGAAGGGCCUGGGCAAGGGGGGCGCCAAGCGCCACCGCAAGGUGCUGCGCGACAACAUCCAGGGCAUCACCAAGCCCGCCAUCCGGCGGCUGGCCCGGCGCGGCGGCGUCAAGCGCAUCUCCGGCCUCAUCUACGAGGAGACCCGCGGGGUGCUCAAGGUGUUCCUGGAGAACGUGAUCCGGGACGCCGUCACCUACACGGAGCACGCCAAACGCAAGACGGUCACGGCUAUGGACGUGGUGUACGCGCUCAAGCGCCAGGGCCGCACCCUCUACGGCUUCGGGGGCUGAGCGCCCGGGACCCGCCACGACCUCCCCAAGCACAGAAAAGGCCCUUUUCAGGGCCCCCAUCCUCUCAGCGAAGGAGCCGUGACGCGGGUUUCGCUGUGUGUUUUCUGGCUUUGUUGUGUUAACUCCUAUUCUGGCCUUUGCACUCCUAUUCCUUACGUGUCCAGACUAGUUAAGUCUUAAUGCCAACUGCCCGCAUUUUCCUUGGGCAUCAGUGUAUUUAGCAAACGCGCUUGGUGUUGUUUAACGUUUAAGUUUGGCGUUUGGGGGUUUAAUGCUGCACUAGGAGCUUCGGUAUGGCCGCAGUUGGAAGGAAGUGGGACGAUUUUUUCUGUCCAGACGGUGUACAUGUGUCAGGGUUGAGACAAACGAGACGGACUCCGCGUCUCCGCGCUGAAUUCGUGAUUUGGUGCGUUUAGGAUUCUCGACGCUUUCAAGUUUAGUUCCUGUUUAGUGGCCUUUAUUCUGCUGCCCUAUGUCCUCUGCUCGAGAAACCAGUGCGUGCUAAGGGGACUGGAGAGCAGCAGUAGUGACGAGCCGUCCUUCCUUGCCCCCUUUCUGAUGCAUGCAGCACGUGGUUGGCCCCCUGGCUCGGAUCCUGGUUUCCACCCAGUGUGGAGACCGGUAGUUGGUAGAAGACUUGCAGGCUAAUCCCCCACAGAGGGGUGCUGAGGGUGGGACGCAAUUGGAAGGCAUCUCAACUAAGUAACAAAGGAAACAAGGUUGCAUUGCAGAAAUGUUAGGGUGACAAAACAAGGCAGACCCUAAACCCAGAGGAGCUACUGCAGGGAUCUUGGGAGUGGAAGAGUGGAAAAGGAAUCAAACAAGGGGUUAGGACAUGAAUCCAGACCUAAAUUCAAAGUAGGUCUUAAUAUUCCUCCAGACCAGAUCUUAGCAAGUAGAGAAAGAAACCCAAAGCCAAAGGUGAAAAUCUGGAUGUUGGUAGAAAGCUUGGCCAGUGCAUAUACACAGGCCGAAGUAGUAAUUCCCACAGGUAUAUAGAAAAAGUAAACAGUGAUUGAGAUAUUAGAUAUAGAUAUAGAUAAAUAGAUAGAUAGAUAGAUAGA